AUGUUUCAGUUCUUUUUAGUGUUGUUUUUGUUGCUGCUGAUCUUCCCCAAGAACGUAGUAUGCCAGGGUUCAGACCCAGCUGGUGGAGAGUUCGACUUCGGUGGAUUCUUAUAUGCUGCUGGUUCGGCCAAUCUAAACAGCAACGGCUUGUUCAGACUAACGAAUUCAACAACACAAACAGCUGGUCAAGUUUUCUACAACUUCCCAUUUCGAUUCAAGGAUGCUGUAAAUGGUACUAGCGUCUACUCUUUCUCCACCACUUUCGUCUUUGCUAUAGUUUCACACUAUGGAGUAGUUAAUGGCCAUGGAUUGGCCUUUGUCCUUUCUCCUACGAAAGGUUUGCCCUAUGCUGAUCCCACCCAAUACCUUGGCCUCUUCAACAUAAGCAGCUUAGGAGAUCCAAAAAGUCAUAUAGUAGCGGUUGAGCUCGAUACCGUCCAAAGCGCUGAAUUUGAUGACAUAAAUAACAACCAUGUUGGUAUUGAUAUAAACAGCUUAGUUUCAGAAAUAGCUACUUCAGCAGGUUAUUUCAAGGAUGAUGGUACAUUUACAGAUCUCUCGCUUGCUAGUGGAGACCCUAUGCAAAUGUGGAUUGAAUAUGAUAGCAAACGGAGGCAGCUUGAUGUCACACUUCAUCCUAUUCAUGUCCCUAAGCCUACAACUCCACUUCUUUCUCUGCAAAAAGAUCUUUCUCCCUUUUUGCUUGAGUAUAUGUAUGUUGGCUUCUCCUCAUCCACAGGUUCACUAACUGCAUCUCACUAUAUAUUGGGUUGGACGUUCAAGAUGAAUGGGACGGCUCCGGUUAUAGACCUUUCUCGCCUGCCAAAGGUUCCCCGUUUUGUUCAGCCAUGGAUCCAGAGUACGAAGGGGGUUCUGACGAUCAGUUUGACAGUAUCCAGCAUCAUCAUACUUAUCGUCUUGAGUCUCGGCUUAUGGCUUUUCCUGAAAAAGAAGAAGCUACUUGAAGUUCUUGAAGACUGGGAGGUCCAGUUUGGUCCUCAUAGGUUUGCUUUCAAAGAUCUACACACUGCAACAAAGGGUUUCAAGGAUACUGAGCUUCUCGGUAAAGGAGGAUUUGGGAAAGUCUAUAAGGGUACAUUACCAGUUUCCAACGUAGAGAUUGCAGUGAAGAGAGUUUCUCAUGAUUCAAGGCAGGGCAUGAGAGAGUUCAUUGCUGAGAUUGCAACCAUUGGCAGACUCAGACAUCCUAACUUAGUUCGGCUACAGGGCUACUGCAGACACAAAGGUGAACUCUACUUGGUGUAUGAUUGUAUGCCCAAAGGAAGUCUUGAUAAGUUUCUUUACCACCAACAAACUGGAAAUCUUGAUUGGUCACAAAGAUUCAAGAUCAUCAGAGACGUAGCUUAUGGACUCUGCUAUUUGCACCAGCAAUGGGUGCAGGUCAUUAUCCACAGGGACAUUAAGCCAGCCAACAUCCUUCUUGACGAAAAUAUGAAAGCUAAACUUGGUGACUUUGGUCUCGCAAAGCUCUGCGAUCACGGGAUUGAUCCUCAGACCUCUCAUGUGGCAGGUACACUAGGGUAUAUAUCACCUGAGCUCUCAAGAACAGGAAAGGCAAGUACAAGGUCAGAUGUAUUUGCACUCGGAGUAGUGAUGCUAGAGAUUGCUUGCGGGCGAAAACCCAUAUUGCCACGAGCAUCACAAAGCGAGAUGGUAUUGACUGAUUGGGUGCUAGAGUGCUGGGAGAAUGGAGAUAUCAUGCAAGUUCUUGAUCAUAAGAUUGGACAGGAGUAUGUCGAGGAGCAAGCAGCACUCGUUCUGAAACUCGGCUUACUUUGUUCACAUCCGGUAGCAGCCAUCAGACCAAACAUGUCCAGGGUCAUUCAAUUAUUGAACAGUAUGGCUCAGCUUCCUGAUAACUUACUUGACAUUGUCCAAGCUCGAGAAGUUUAUCCAGGUCUUGAAAUCUCAGGUGAACCAGCUGAUUCUCCUGAGUCCAGUUCCAUUGCUCCCUUGACCUUCACUGAAUCUUUCGUCUCUCAUGGACGCUAAAAGAAACCCCUAUGGUCUUGUAGGUUCUUGAAUUCUAUUUGAAAUAUA